AUGCCGAAUCCGCCGCCGAAGGAAGACACCUGGGCUUUCCAGCCCAUCGGGGCGCCUUUUCCGCCGAGCCCUGUCAAGGUCUGACUUCUUUCAGUCGUUCAGAAGCUCAAAAAAGAAUUUUUCAGUGCAUGGGUGAGCAAAACAUGUACGUGGCGCUGUGGUACAAGCACGGGAAGCCGAUCCACGGCCGCUCCUGGAACAACGGAGGAGUGGUCGAGUGCUCGUUCCCCUACAAACAGGCCGAGCUGACGACGAAGCAACAGCUCGAGGGCCAGAUCCAGGUGCUGCAGUACGUCGGAGACCACAACGCCCAGGGCUUCUGGUACGAGUGGAUCAAGUACAAGGACCGUCUGGAGAAGCUCGACGACAAGCACACGCUCGUCAAGUGCGGCGACUCCUUCCCCAUCUUCUGGAAGAGACCUGAGGUUUCUAUUUUCGGCUUCACUUUGGCUUUUUGGGUUGUCUGGAAGUAUGGCCAUGGGCUGUUAGGUAGACCAACGGUGGUUUAUUGAGUCCUUUACUCAGACGUACAAAAGCUUCAGCCUUUCAUUUUAACUUAAACACCGGAUUUUCCCUUUUUCUAAGUUUGACUGAUGUUCUGCUCCUUCUCGGCUUUUAAAAGUAUAAUCUGUGUGCCACGACUGGAAAUUUCACCGAACGACAUUCCGCUAAUCCGCUGCGUGCGUUCGCGAAGCGUCUUUCGAAUCUAGGUCACGCUUUCAAUUGAUUCUUAUUGCUGUGUGAGCACAUGAAAGUAGAGUACCUUGAACAAGAAAAAAAAAAAAUUAAAAGCGCGACCAAGGUUCGCAAAGGCGCGCAGCGGCACAGCGGAAUGUCGUUCGGUGAAAUUCCAAGUCGUGGUACACAGGCUAUAUCAGUACAGGACGUUGACCGUGAAAUUUUUUUUUUACGUUUGUGCUUUUUUUGUGGCGAAGAAUCUUUGAAAAACUAAAAAAUAGUUUGUUUUGAAAUCUCGAUAAAGCUGGUAAUGAACUUUCAAGACAUCUCUUGAUAAGUCUGAUUUUGAUUCGAUGCUUUGAACUCUUCCAGAAGCUAGUCUGGCUUAGAAAGAGCUAGUUUUCAGCGGUUUUAAUGGAAUCCACUAACUUUUUUUUCAAUUUUUUCUGUACAACUUGACUGAGACUAAACUAUGAAUCUCUUCUUAAUAUUCUUUUAGGGCAACCUGCUCGGCUACGUCGACAACAAGACUGAAAUCGCUCUGUUCUCCUCCAACGGCAAGGUCUAUGAGCGAAAGGGAGGCGACCUUCAGGACAUGUACAUCAUCACCCGCAACUGCGUCGGAGGCCCACCUUUCUGCGAGUGUCCUGGCUGCGCGAAGGCUCCGCCGCCGCCUGGACCUCUGCCUCCGAAAGUCCUGAUCGACGAAUGGGUCGACAUCCGAGAGGGAGACGCCUGGCCGACUCGCUCUCUGGUCAGAGCUCUGGACAAGAGUCUGGACACUCUUCCCGGAGUCGCUGCCGACCAAUACGUCGCCCUCUGGUACAUGCAGGGAGAACCUGUCAUGGGACGCGUCUGGAACGAGAACGGGAAGGUAUAAAUACAUCCUUGGGCUUCAGAAGAACAUUGGUUUCAGGUCGCGGCCAACUUCUCGUGGUUCAACAACGAGUACUGCAAGAACGUCGGAUCCAUCCAGCUUCUGGUCCACCUUUCGGAGCAUGUCCGUGGUUUCGACUACGGAUGGAUUCCGUUCGCGGAGGUUUGAUUUUGUAUAAGAAGAAGACUAUUCACGACUUUUCAGGCGGCCAAGUUCGGAGAGAAGAGUCGGCAUCCGGUGCACGUCAACAACCACAAGGGCGACAUCUCCGUCGGAGUCGUCAACCUUCCCGGCGGCAAGCAGAUCCUCGCCAAGGUCGACGUCCGCAACGAGAAGACCGGCUAUGGUUACCAAGGAAAGGAGCACACGUCGGCCGGUCCCGCCUGCGCUUCCAAUACCAUCGUCCUUUGCCGCAAGCCCAAGCCCGGCUACAAGCUCGACGGAUAA